AUGGAGGUUCACGUAGUCUCAAAACUGGACAACAGCCAGCACAAAACCAUCAUACUUCCUGAUGACGCUGAACUGGGCAAGCUCGGCGAAUCCGCGAUUCGAGUUCGCACACAGCUAGUCGGUCUUACAUCGAAUAACCUUUCGUACGCCCGACUCGGCACCGCUCUGCGAUGGUGGGACGCCUAUCCCGUACAACAAUCUUAUCCAGAGCCUUACAACGACACCGCGAGCUGGGGAAUUGUUCCAGCAUGGGGCUUUGCUGCCGUGCAAGAGAGCACCAUUCCUGACCUUGUUACCGGUACGCUUCUCUGUGGCUUCUGGGCUACCUCAAAUACCGCCGCAGACCUCAAACUCAAGCCAGGUGAGGCAACCGGGCACUGGAUCGAAAUUAGCGAGCACCGUACUGGUCUCAUGCCGUUGUAUAAUCGCUACGUGGUGACCUCCGAGUCUCUGGAGUCACCUACAGAAGACCAGCUGGACCGCUUAGCCUGGUCGUCUGUGUUUCGCGUCUGGGCAGCUGGCUACUAUCUUGAUGAGUAUGUGUUCCCGACCGAUACCGCCAAACAAGCGCCCGUUCACCCAUCAGGUGGGCUCGGGCUUCCAUGGACUGCAGAAGAUGCGGACCUCUCGUCGGCUGUUGUAGUGAACCUCGCGGCGUCUACGAAGACGGCGCGUACUUUUACGUAUUUCUUCGAGCGGCGGGCGAAGGAGGCUGCUCCCUUGGGUCUGUUGCAGGUUACUUCCGCGGUGGAGGGUCUGACCCGGGCUACGGAGUUUGCCAAGCCUGUUUUCCCCUCGAAUGCCGUGAAUUACACGCAGUUGGAGAGUCAGGAUACAGUGACAUGGCUCAGGGAGCGGGCUCCCUCAAAGAUUGUGAUCCUGGACUACGGAACGCGCCCUGGUGGACUAGAGCGCUUACUAAACUUGGUCGAGAAUGACUCCAUUCUUCAAAAAUCGAAGACGGUCAUUAUCAGCAUUGGCACUCAGCAAAUGGUACUGUCCUCGGAGGAGACUCUCAAGGCGCAGGAGCAAGCGGCUGCACUGGGCAAGAUCCAAUACAAUACUUCUAGCAUAGAGGAUGUCGGAAUCGCCACUAAAGGUGAGAACGGUUUCUUCGAGUCCCUCGGCCCGAAAUGGGAGCGGCUGCUUGACCAGCGCCACCAGUGGGCUCCUGAUCUCAAGAUGAUAUGGGGUGAUGGCGUGUCUGGCCCUGAAGGUAUCGAAGGUGGCUGGGACAGAGUUGCAAAUGGACGUGUAGGGGCAGAUGAGGCCCGAGUAUACCGACUCUUCUAG